UUAAGUGCUGCAGGGAGAGCGCCGGGGCCGCCGCUGAGGUGCCGCCGCUUCAGGGCGGUGAACGCCCUACCCCCGAGGGGGUGGCUGGGCCGGGCGAAGGGGCGGGCCGGCCCGGGAAGGCGAGGCACGCUCGGUACUGCCCAGCACAGCACGGAGGGGGGUUGUCUCUGUCCGCGGUCAUGUCGGGCUCGGAGCAGCAGCGCUCGGCAGGUGACGUCCAGGUGGAUAGCAGACCUAUAUUAACCACCACAGAUGGAAAUCAGAACAUCACGGAAGUAGAUGCACUUGAUAUAAGACAAACACUUGAUCCUGCAGAGGAAUACAAAAUGAACCAUCAAAGAAGAGGAGUUGCAUUAAUCUUCAAUCACGAGCGCUUUUUUUGGCAUUUAAUGCUGCCAGACAGACGUGGGACUCUUGCAGACAGAAACAAUCUGGAACGCAGGUUGACAGACCUUGGAUUUGAAGUCAGAGUUCAUGAUAAUCUGAAAGCAGAUGAUGUGCUGCAGAAAAUUCAUGAAGCCUCUAAGGACGACCACAGCAAUGCUGACUGCUUUGUUUGUGUGUUCCUGAGUCACGGGGAGAACGAUCACGUUUAUGCGUUUGAUGCCCCAAUCAAAAUUGAGACAAUCACAGACAUGUUCAGAGGAGACAAGUGCCAGAGUCUGAUAGGAAAACCGAAGAUAUUUAUCAUUCAGGCAUGUCGAGGUGAUAAACAUGAUGAUCCAGUUAUUGUUCCGGAUUCAACAGAUGGUAGUGAUGAAUCUACUGCCAAUGAGACUGAAGUGGAUGCAGCUUGUGCCUAUACCCUGCCUGCUGGUGCAGAUUUUAUCAUGUGCUACUCUGUGGCGCAAGGUUACUUUUCUCAUCGUGAAACUAUAAAUGGCUCUUGGUACAUUCAAGAUCUGUGCGAGGCCCUCAGGAAGCACGGCUCUUCCUUGGAGUUCACAGAACUUCUUACUGUCGUUAACAGGAAAGUAUCUUGUCGCAAAGUGGAUAACUGCAAAGACAUUAGAGCUAUAGGGAAAAAACAGAUUCCUUGUUUUGCCUCAAUGUUAACGAAAAAAUUGUAUUUUCAUCCCAAAUCUAAGUAGAUUGUUACUUAACAAUGACCAUUAACUAAUAACCACUGCAGAAAUGAAAAACACACCCUCUUAAUUCAGGAGGCUGAUGUUCUACAAGAUUGUUUGCAAAAACACUGGGAUCAAAUGUAAUCAUUUGUAUACACAAUAGUUUUAAAAUCUUAAAGCAAUUUUAAAGCUCGUAUUACAGCUCUGUUCAUCUCAGGGAAUUUGGGAAGCUGACUGUACAAAACUAUUAAGAGGUGCUCAGAUUUUAUUGAAAUUGAUAGUCUACUCUCUACUUUUUUUUUCUUCAAAGUUUUUUGCCUGAUUGCUAUCUAAGUAUGGCAUAUCUAACUAUUUCCAAAACAUUUCAAAUGUUGCAUUAGAUGAGUUUUUCUUGCUCCAAGAGCAGAGUUUACAGGGAGUAGAUAGGGAAUUUUUUAAGUCUCUGGACAGCAGUAUCUACCUUCCAAUUUUUGUGGGGUUAUUGAGCUUUUUAGACAUUUUUUUUAUUUUCUCUCAACACUAAAAAGGAACUUAAUUCCUUGAAUACAGUUGUAGCAUUAAUAUAGAUAAAGACCUUCUUCUUGCUUGCACAUCAUUUACGUUUGGGGCACAACUGAAGCUUGCUGGUGCUUUGCAUCCUCAGGAGAAAACCAAGCGGUUGCGAAAUAAAUGAGACCACGCACAGCUUGCUGAGCGUGACUUUGGGAAGCUCACCUUGUACACAUCUGUAAAGCUAAAGCAAAUUAUUUCAGGGUUCCAGGCUCACUAAACAACUGCUGGACAUCUCCAGGCAGCUCUGAAAAAUACAACAUAGGCAAAGCUUCAUACUUGAGGCCUUGGUGUUGGAUCGGGCACUUCCUCCCCUUGGCCCCCAUGGAGAUGAGCCAUUCACAAUCACUGUGUUCAUGAAAGUGACAGUGCUUCUGUCACCACAGGACUUUUCACCAUAGGAUUGUUACUACUGCAGCAUCAGUAAUUUCCAUUAUACUUACUAGAAGCAAAUAUUUCUCUUAUUAUUUUUUACAUUAUCAGUGCAUAUGCUUAACUCUGGGGGACACUGGAGAACUCGAGCUGAGAAAAGUGUCUUAAUCCACCUUCCUGGGUAUAAAAUUUACUGGCUUUGUUCUAGUAAAGUCUUUCUAUGUACUAUGUUCUUAGUCAUAGCUUUUAAAUAUUACUAUGGAUACGUUAAAGCUUUGUAUAAAUCAUGUACGUUUGGAUGUUUUGAUAAAUUCUUUCAAUAAAAUACAACAGUGAAAUAAAUGAUUUUAUAGUAAA